AUGAGACAGAAGAACAAUAUUACAGAAUUUGUCCUCCUGGGCUUUUCUCAGGAUCCUGAGGUGCAAAAAGCAUUAUUUGUCAUGUUUUUAUUCACAUACUUGGUGACAAUGGUGGGGAACCUGCUCAUUGUUGUGACCAUUAUUGCCAGCCCUUCCUUGGGCUCCCCAAUGUAUUUCUUCCUUGCCUGCCUGUCAUUUAUAGAUGCUGCAUAUUCCACUACCAUUUCUCCCAAAUUGAUUGUAGACUUACUCUUUGAUAAAAAGACUAUUUCCUUCCCAGCUUGCAUGGGCCAGCUAUUUAUAGACCACUUGUUUGGUGGUACUGAGAUCUUCCUUCUUGUGGGGAUGGCCUAUGAUCGCUAUGUGGCCAUCUGUAAGCCACUGCACUAUUUGACCAUCAUGAAUCUACAGGUUUGCAUCCUUCUCUUGGUAUUGGCUGUAACUGGAGGUUUUGUGCAUUCUGUGUUUCAAAUUGUUGUUGUGUACAGUCUCCCUUUCUGUGGCCCUAAUGUCAUUGACCACUUUGUCUGUGACAUGUACCCAUUAUUGGAACUGGUGUGCACUGACACCUAUUUUAUAGGCCUCACUGUUGUUGUCAAUGGUGGAGCUAUGUGUAUGGUCAUCUUCACCCUUCUACUCAUCUCCUAUGGGGUCAUCCUAAACUCCCUUAAAACUUAUAGUCAGGAAGGGAGGCAUAAAGCACUGUCUACCUGCAGCUUGCACAUCACUGUGGUUGCCCUCUUUUUUGUUCCCUGUAUUUUCAUGUAUGUUAGACCUGUCUCAAACUUCCCUAUUGAUAAAUUCAUUACUGUGUUUUAUACAGUUAUCACACCCAUGCUGAAUCCUUUAAUAUACACGUUGAGAAAUUCAGAGAUGAGAAGUGCUAUAAGAAGACUGUUGUGUAAAAACUAG